UUUAAAUAUAGACAAGCUUACACAAAUUAUAUGUAUAAAAAUCAAAGGUAUUGAAGCUUUUGCCAAUAUUUUGGGCCAUGAUCAUCAGUAUUGAUAUAGUUAAAAAUUUCUUGAAAAAAAAUAUUCAGCUUUGUUCUGGUUGCUUAUAAAUACCCAUGCGGUUCUUCUGUCUGCCAAGAAGUCUCAUUGCAGAGAUCACAAAAUCGUCUUUUUAAAAAAUGUAAAAUUUUGCGUUUUUUAUUUACAUUAUUUAUUGUAAGAUCUAAGUUUUGUUUGUUUACAAUUAAGAUUUUGAAAUGACUUUGAAAACAAAUAAUCAAUAUUUAUUUAGUAUUUCAGAGUAAAAGUCAAGCUCUUUAUUCUUUAGAAAUCUUGAGUGGUUUUUUUUUGUUUGCUAACUAACUGAUUAAUAUUUAAUUUCCUCUUUAAUUAUUUAAAAGAAAUUAAUGAUGAAAAAAAUCUGAAUAAAAUCACUUAUAAAUUAUUGCCAAAAUAAAGUUAUAGAUAACAUUAAAAUAAGCAACGCUGCAUUGAACACAAAUGUGAUUUCUUGACCACACAGCAUUAUCUGUUUCUACUUAUUAAGGUCAAGCAGACCAGUUUCACCCAAAAGUCUGGAUGAGCUCAUCAGUUCACUUGAACGUUUGAACUGGGAUGGGCGGGCAGACCUAGAGAACAUCGACUUCCUGGUUUCUUCAUACCAAAGUAACAAAUCCGACUGGGAAAAGUUUGCUAAGACCAGACCAGGAGAUGCGUAAGUUGUUUUAUAUAACAUUAAAUGGCAUAACCACUUGUUUUUCAUUGUAUUAGUUAAUAAAUAGUAAAAGUGAUCGGAAUGCAACAAAAAAAAUCACAGCUUAAUAAGAAAUGUGUAUCUACCUUUGAAGAAAUAAACAAAAGAUUAUAGCAAUUAACUACUUUAUUUCGUUUUUCAAAUUUUGGAAUUGUAAGGCUUUUGUGAGGUGGGCAUUAAGUUCAGAUAACUCAAUUGAUUCUCCAAAUUUAUAAAGUGGGUUCUCUUAUGAAUCAAUAAACUUUUUCUUGGAAAUGGCUCUAAAAAAACCUUUUAAUUAAGACAGGAUUAUUGGUAAAUAUAUUUAAAAAUAAUUAAGGUGUUAAAUCACAAAUAAUACUAAGUAUUUAUUGCUGUAACUCUGUGUUCAAUAGGCGCGAAUAGUUAAGUUCCUAGAAGUUAGCACUGUUUGGGAUUUGUAUAAAGUGUGUUCCGCGUAUGCAUGUUUUGUCAACUGUACUUAGCUUAGCGGGAUAUUCCGAGUAUCAAAUGAGUCACAGUUUAGCAUGUCAUUCUUUUCCGAAUAGAAUGAGACUUUUCUACACAUCUCAAUAUACAUAUUUUGUGUGUAAAUAUUUGUGCUAGGCUAUUGGUAUGGGGGGAAAAAAAACGACACUUUUAACGUUUCAUCAUGAAGAGAUUUCUUACUUACGUGGAAGAACACAUCAUAAGUUAUCUAUAUUUCGUUUAUAUUAUAGCUACACUCGCAACCAUGUGUUUGAGAAAGAUGGCAAGUUCAACGUUCUGAUUCUUUGCUGGCAACCAAAACAAGGAAGUAAGAUUCACGGUCACCAGGGCUCGGAUUGUUUCCUUAAGGUACGCCUUUCAUGAAUGGCAAGGUUUAUGAUGGAGUUAGCAUUUUAAAAAAGUUGUUUUGUUCUGAUUUUGAAGGAAACAAAAAAAAUUGCAUCUAACUUUUUGAAUCCGAUCAGGUUUUGCAGGGUGAAUUCAAGGAAGAGCAGUUUUUUAUGCCGGAGGGGGAAGGGUGCCCUUUGCAACUCAAGCAGGAAAAAAUAUACACUUUGAAUGAAGUCAACAAUAUGACAGGCAAAUAUACGCCAUUUAAUAUUAUACUUAGCACAUCAACACAAUUUGAAUAUUAAAUUUCGUUUUUAAUUUUCGUUUUAGUUUCUUAAUAAUGCAUUCAUAACUUAUUUUUUUUUACAUUCCACGAAAACCUUGUUCAAUAUAUAACUAUAUAUAUAAGUUUAAAUUAUUUUUUUUUAAAAUGUCUGUUGAUAUAUACCAAUGACUUGUUAUUUGUAUAAUUAAAUUGAAAAUCACACAGCCUAAGAUACGUGUUUUACCAUUUGAUUUUGUUUAGAUGAAAAGGGAUUACAUCGUGUGACCAACAAUCACGACUCGAUCCUGGCCGUGUCCCUUCACGUCUAUGUGUAAGUACAAACGAAGCAGGACGUUUUGGCGCUGUCGUUUUGGCGCAGGACAUUUUGGCGCCAUUUUAAAAUACCUUUUUAUUUAACUUGACGUUUUUAAACUUUUAAUAAAGAGAAUGCAAAAUAUAUAACUGUUGACGACAACUGACGGGAUUUCAGUUGUCUCUGUUGCCCUCCUUUUGAUUCCAGUCAUUAUCAUGGCAACCUGAAGUUGCGCUGCGUCACUUCCGUGACUAUGCUGGUUCAUCUGCAUAGGAACUCACUCAUUAUCUACGGUCGUGAGUAAACGAGCCUUGCAUUCGUUCUUCAGCUCACAUCGCUAGAACUUCUUGGAAUGGUCUGCACUAAACUAAUCGAACACAUAACAGUAUCCUUCAUCAUUCAACUUGUCUUUACCACGCGUCGAUGUAACAUUUUCCAUUUUACUGGUUUAACAGAAUUAUAAUAUGUGAUCUAUUUAUAAAACUCUGCUUAACUUAUGAUUUUAGUCUAGAACACUCUUGCACUUUUAUAAAUGUGAAGCGCACCCAUGAUCAGGCAGGAACGGUAAAUAAUUGCUUAGGCCAUCUGUGCGCCAAAAUGACCUGCGCCAAAACAACUCUGCGCCGAAACGUCACGUACCGAAGUAUAAUACAGUGAUACAGGUUUUAUAUUAAGUAAGAUUGUAACUAACAAAGAUGACUCCGUUUUGGUAGGGUGCAUAGAUGCCAAUGUGUCAGUACAAUAUAGUGCAAGAUUAAUUAAGCUUAUAGGUGAAACAACGAAUGCUCCCGGUUGUCCGUGUCUAACCACGUCUACAUGUAAGUAUAUUCAUGGGCUAUAUUUAUAAUAAAGAUUAAGCAAGAUUCCUAGUUCUUGAAAUAAACAACAGAUACAAAUAAAAGUGGUAUAUGUUAAGUUUUAUUUUGUUGAAAAAAAUUUCACGUUAACAAGUUUUUUAUUUAAUUACAACACAACUUUGUCCAAAAAAGUCAACGUAACUCAUUUUUGUGAGGAAAUUUAAGCUGUUUGUCUUUUUAAGAUAACCAAUAUUUCCAAAGACACGUACAAUGUUUGUAAAAUGAUGAUAAAAUUGUAAGAUGGCAUUGAUUUAUAUUUAAUAUAAAAAGAGCUACAUUAGAGGCAUUUAUAUUAUUAACAAAAUAUUGGCUAGGCACGUUUUGAAUGUUAUAAAUUAAUUAUGAAACUUAUGUUUUAAAUUUUAAAAACAAUUAUUUAAAAUGAGAUGUGAAUAAAUUUGUUAAAAAAAAAAAAAAAAAAAAAAAAAAAAAAAAAAUUUUAAAAAAAACCAAAAUAAAAAAAAAAAAAAAAAAAAUAAAAAAAAAAAAAAAAAAAAAUUUUAAAAAAAAAAAAAAAAAAAAAAAAAAAAAAAAAAAACUUUUAAAAUUCCUCCAAUUUAACACAUCGUAUUUAAUCACUAUUUGAACACUAUUUGAACACUAUUUGAACACUAUUUGAACACUAUUUGAACGCUAUUUGAACACGAUUUGAACACUAUUUGAACACUAUUUCCAUUUCUCAUACAGGCCCCCAUUUGCUGAGUGCAGGUGGUAUGAAGAACAUAACGGGAAAGAGAACAUUGCCCAGAUGAGCUAUUAUUCUUACAGGGGGGAGAUCAAGGUAUUUAGUUAAAUACGUGGGACAAACAUACGUUUUUUUCAUUCAUUUUUUUUUAAAAUCCAGGUUCUUUUAAAUAAUAUCUUUUUUGCUAAAUUAUUAACCUAUAAUAAAACGAUUUCAGAUUUUUAAACACAUUUGAUUGAAAUUUUAUUUUUAAACGAAAAUAAGUUAUAUGCAAUGUUCUUUAAACAUAAUACAUGUAGUAAUUUUAAACUAAUAUAAUUUUGACUUUAAUUUAUAUUACUUUAAGAAAACGCUGCUUAUAAACUAUUUCAGAGAAUAUUUACAAUGGCAUAUCAAUGUGUAUGUAUUUAUUUUCUUCCCAGGGAGAUUCCAAUGCUUUAGCUGACAGCAAAUCAGCUUCUAUGUGCAAAGAUGGAGGCAGUCAAUGUGGAGAUAGAAGUGACGCCAGGAGCUGCCAGGCAGGCUCGGCCAGGGCUGUGUGCUCAAGGGAGCCGUGCACCGGCUCCGGUAAGACCAGCGGCUGCGGGCAGUGCUGCCAUGACACCAAACAGUGCUCCUGUUGAGGCUACACGGAAUUCAUUGUAUCCGUUUACAGAACGAACCCAUUCGUUUUUUUAUUCCACUUUUAGAAAGUUAACACGUAAAAAUGAUCUUAAAUAUUUAGACGUUCAGCCUAGUUUUAUGUCUAACAUAUAUUUUAUUCAUUGUUGUUUUUCUUUAAAUAAAUAUAUACGUGUUAUUUCGCUUCACUUCCUUAAAUUAAUAAGUAUAACUUGUUUCCAGGUAAUGUUUAAGCUUAAGAUUAUAAAAGGAAAUCAAUUUUGUAUUUGUACUUGUUAAAUUUCAUAUUAAAAUGACUUUAAAUUUAUUUAUAUUUAUAAUAAUGAAAUUAACUCAUCUGAACAACACCUGCUAUUGAAUAACUACAAUUACAAUAUAUAUAAUUACAAAGUUCAAAAUGAGAAACGAUCUAUUUAUUAUUGAACUCCAUUCAAAAUCUCUUUUUUCUUACAUUUUUACAGGCACUAGUGGCAAAAAUUUUUAUUUAUUUAAUUAAUUUUUUGUGUGUGUCUAUAAACUAUUUAUACAAUUUAACAUACUUAAACCUUUUUAUAAUUAUUAUGUAAGUAUAGGCUAAUUUAUUCAACCCAUAUACUGAAUAAAUUUGACUUAAUUGUCUAAAAUUGCAUGAUCGAAGCGAUUUUUUCUUGGAAUGGUAUUUAGACAGAAAGGCUAAUAAAACGUUAUUUAUUUCCAAGAAAAGAAAAUGUGCAUUUCGAAUCGGGAAUUCCUUAAUGCAUAUGGUAUAAGCAUUUUUUUAUAAAUCUUAAAGCAGGCCAAAAUUCUACGAAUCGCCCGGCAAAACAAUGUACCGUUCGAUUUACAUCGAUUAAUAUUCUGCUUGGUACUCAAACAGAUCAAGUUUUAUAAGGAAUCCAAUUUAACACACGUAACAUUCUCUUGCAAACUUAGCGUAUUCGACUUAGGAGACGUUUUAACGUUUAAUACUCCUAAAUAUAAAUAUAGCAGAAGAAUUAUAAAUAACUGUGCCUAUAAAUAGACCAGCUUUAAAUUUUCAAGAAAAAAUAUUGCUGGAACGAAUGCGUGUAUUUGCAUUCCAGCUGUUUUAUUUUUAGAUUAAGACAUUGUAGCUCUGUGGGUGAAAGAACUGACGCAAGCAGAUUAAAUAGGAAUUUUUUCACGGAAAACAUACUUUCUCUGAAUUGAUAUAAGUUUAUGGUACUGUAAAGAUAAUAUUUUUUAAUGCUAUACAAUGUGAGUGUGGUGCUAGCAUAAUAAAAUUAAAUGUAGAAAUCAAUGGGUUUUUUUCUAUUGUUUAAAAUAUACUUGUGUUAAGCUGUAUUGUCACUUCCCUUGAUUUUGCC